CGCUAGCCCUCCAGCUUCCUCCUUCACCAGAUUUUCAGCUACUGAUGUUACAAACAAAAUAUUGCAGCAUAGAGUUGAGGAAAAGACUUAAACCAGAUUUUUCUUUAGUCAGUUAAAAAUAUGGAUCCUGAGUCAGAGGGACCACAGAUUAUCAAAGUGACACCCCUUCAACAAAUGUUUGCCUCUUGUACUGGAGCUAUCCUGACAUCACUAAUGGUGACUCCUCUGGAUGUCGUUAAAAUUCGACUGCAAGCGCAAAGGAACCCAUUCUCCAAAGGAAAAUGUUUUGUAUAUAGUAAUGGACUUAUGGAUCAUCUAUGUGUUUGUGAAGAGGAAGGCAACAGAGCAUGGUAUAAGAAGCCAGGACGAUUCCAGGGUACAUUGGAUGCCUUUUUGAAAAUCAUUCGAAAUGAGGGCAUUAAAUCCCUGUGGAGUGGCCUUCCCCCUACUUUAGUGAUGGCAGUUCCUGCCACAGUCAUUUAUUUUACCUGCUAUGAUCAAUUAACUUAUUUUCUGAAAUCAAAAUUAGGAGAAAAUGAAAGUCAUAUACCAAUUGUUGCUGGAAUUGUUGCUAGAUUUGGUGCAGUAACUGUGAUAAGUCCAUUAGAAUUGAUUAGAACCAAGAUGCAAUCUAAGAAGUUUUCUUAUGAAGAAUUACAUCGAUUUAUCAGCAGGAAAGUGUCUGAAGAUGGUUGGAUUUCCCUUUGGAGGGGCUGGGCUCCUACUGUUCUUAGAGAUGUACCAUUCUCAGCACUGUACUGGUAUAACUAUGAAGUUUUAAAGAAGUGGCUGUGUGAGAAAUCUGGUUUAUAUAAACCAACAUUUAUGAUCCACUUUACUUCAGGGGCAUUGUCUGGUUCUAUUGCAGCUAUUGCAACUUUGCCGUUUGAUGUGGUAAAAACACAAAAGCAGACACAACUUUGGAUAGAUGAAUGUCAUAAAAUUUCUAUGCCUUUGCAUAUGUCAACGUGGACUAUCAUGAAGAACAUUGUUGCUAAGAAUGGGUUUGCAGGAUUAUUUACAGGCCUCAUUCCCCGUUUAAUUAAAAUUGCUCCUGCUUGUGCCAUUAUGAUCAGUACCUAUGAAUCUGGGAAGGCUUUUUUCCAGAUGCAAAAUGCCAGAAGACAACAAUACCAGUGA